CAGGAAACAUACGUUUGUUGAGCCAAAAUGGCGUCCGUGAUCCUUCAGUCUGGAGUGGGUUAGCGUGAAACCUGUCCGAAUAAACCUCAAAUGACACGGUUCGGCUCUUAUUAGACGGAUUAAUUCUUUUUUAUCAUUGAGAAGAAUCCAUCUAAACUUGUGAGGACACGUUUAGAUGCUGUGAGGAGGAGAUGGCUGGACGUGGAGUCGAGUGUUUGUGGAAACGUCACGUUGUGGAUCAGCUGAAACAGAGAGACAGAGUUCAGCGUCAGGCCUUCGAGGAGAUCAUACAUCAGUAUAACCGGUUGUUGGAGAGGUCUGAUCUGCAGGUUGUUUUUUCUGAACGUCUCCAGACCGACAAGUAUGAGCAUCAAAACAGACACGACCUGAGUCCGGGCACUGACGGCGGCCGCAGUGACUCCUUGCAGCAGGAAAUGGCUCAGAUGAGAAUCAAACAUCAAGAGGAGCUGACGGAGCUGCACAAGAAGCGAGGAGAGUUGGCUCAGAAUGUGAUCGAACUGAACAACCAGAUUCAGCAGAAAGACAAAGAGAUCCAGAGUAAUGAAGCCAAGAUGUUGGAGUACCAGCAGCAGAUCUCCCGUCUGGAAGGGGAGUGCCGUGACCUUCGGAACAGUCUGGCCGAUUUGGAACGAGCCAAUCAGACGCUGCGAGACGAGUACGAUGCCCUGCAGAUCACGUUCGGCGCUCUGGAGGAGAAACUGCGGAAAACCACGGAGGACAAUCAGGAGCUGGUGACGCGCUGGAUGGCGGAGAAAGCCCAGGAGGCCAACAGACUCAACGCUGAGAACGAGAAGGACACCAGGCGCAGACAGGCGAAGCUUCAGAAGGAAUUGGCGGACGCAGCGAAGGAACCUCUUCCCAUAGACCCAGAUGAUGACAUUGAAGUUCUCACAGAGGAUGCUGGGAAGGGAACGGGUGAAACGUCACCGAGCAGACCGCUCAGCCGCACAUCCAGUAGACGAGUGUCUCAGCCUCCUGCUCCUCCUCCUCCUGGCGGACUGCUGGACUCCAUCUCUAAUAUGUUUGGCUUGUCUGAUUCUGUCCAACCUGGUUUCGUCCCGUCUGACUCCAGAAGACGUCGUUCGGUGAAUUCCUUCAGCACGUCUCCUGAAGCCGCAGAAGUGCCGUCGGCGUGCGCUGAUGUCAGAGUUCCCUCCACUGCGCUGCACAUCUUCGACGCCCAUGAUGGAGAAGUGAACGCCGUGAGGUUUAGUCCCGGUUCCCGUCUGCUUGCCACGGGAGGAAUGGACCGCAGGGUGAAGCUCUGGGAGGUCGUAUCUGGGCGAUGUGAACCCAAAGGGGCGCUGACGGGCAGUAACGCUGGAAUCACCAGUAUAGAGUUUGAUAGUGCGGGAUCGUAUCUACUGGCCGCCUCUAAUGAUUUUGCGAGCAGAAUCUGGACUGUCGACGACUACAGACUGCGGCACACACUCACAGGUCACAGUGGGAAGGUUUUAUCUGCUCGCUUUCUCCUCGACAACGCUCGAAUCGUCUCCGGCAGCUACGAUCGAACGCUCAAGCUCUGGGAUCUACGCAGCAAAGUCUGCAUGAAGACAGUGUUUGCUGGUUCUAGCUGUAAUGACAUCGUCUGCACGGAGCAGUGUGUGAUGAGCGGACACUUCGAUAAGAAAGUUCGUUUCUGGGACAUCAGAGCAGAGACUAUCGUGAAUGAGUUGGAGUUGCUGGGACGCGUAACAUCUUUGGACCUCAAUCAAGACCGGACCGAGCUCCUGACCUGCUCUCGUGAUGACCUGGUGAAAAUAAUCGAUCUGCGCAGUAAUGCAGUUCGGCAGACGUUCAAUGCUCAAGGAUUCAAGUGCGGUUCAGACUUCACCAGGGUCACAUUCAGUCCUGAUGGAAGUUAUGUGGCGGCCGGUUCUGCAGACGGUGUUCUGUACAUUUGGAACGUUCUAACAGGGAAACUAGACAAAACUCUUGAUAAGGGUCACAGUUCUGCCAUAAAUUCGGUGUCCUGGUCUCCGUCGGGCGCGUACGUGGCCAGCGUUGAGAAAGGCAGCAAGGCCGUGCUUUGGUCUGACAUGUGAUCAGCCUCCGCAGCGAUUGGUUGAAACGGACUGUAAAGACAGAAAGAAAGUGAGCCCACCCUCACGUCCCACUGGCCUCUUGAACUACCUUUCCCACAAUGCCAUCUGUUUGGCUACCUGCGUGCAUGCGUGCUGCCUGCCUGUAUGAUCGGGCAGCACCGUACACGUAUUAUACAUAAAUAUAUUUAUAUCAGCUUUCAUGUACUGUCGGUUGUCUCACACACACAGUAGAUGUGGGACAGUGAAGAUUAUGCGAAUUACUCUCAUUGUCCUACACGACUCUUACUGCUUAUUUUAACACUGCUUUAAAUUAGUGUGUUUGUGUGCAUUUAUGCUUUGCCUUAUGCAGAUACAGGCCAUUAAGCUGUGUGAGUGCGAGUGUGUGUGUGUGUGUGUGUGUGUGUGUGUGUGUGUGUGUGUGUGUGUGAUAAUGCUGUUUACUGCAGCAGUUCCAGUUGAGCUCAGUGGAUGGCACUGUUCACAAAACAAUUAUCCUAGGAAAUCCUGCAUCUCCCCUUUACAAACUGGAAUAAAAUACAUGCAUUGAACAGGAACCCAAUUUUCUUUAGGAUGAAUUUCUGUUUAUAUGAUUAAUUGCAUUGACAUUUUUUUACUUCUAAGCACAUUUAACCCCCAUGUACUUAUUUUCAUUAUGGUAUUGCGUUAAAAAGGCCAUUGUCAUGAAUGAAAAAUUAAUUUUCAUACUGUAAUACAGUAAGGAUCCUGAUGUCCACUAAGAGAAUUUAUUUAUUAGAAUCUGCAUUAACUGAAGCCAGUACAACUGCUGUUAUUAUACAAUAUAUUAUGAUAAAUAUAUUUUAAAUACUUUUUUUUUUUUUUUUGUGCUGUCAAAUGAUUAAUCAUGAUUAAUCGCAUCCAAAAUAAAAGUUUGUGUAUACAUA